AUGGUAGAUAUGAAUAACUCAAUAAAUUAUAAGGAAGGCAUUCCUAUUGUAUUUGACAUAAGUGUACAUCUACAAAAAACAAGUCUAUUGUUCAAUCGCUUAUGGGAUGGAGUAGAGUUAAUUGAAUCUUCUUGCAACAUUUAUUUAGAAUGUUUAAAGAACUAUUUACUUGAAGGUCAAUUUGAUGAAGUACCAACAAUCAUAGUUCAAAAGUUAUUUACAUACCUUUCACAUACUAAUCAAUUAGAGGAACUUGAAAAAUGUAUUCUCAAUGUUAAAGUUGAAUGUUUAGACAUAGAACAAUCUUUAAACCUAUCAAGAGUUCAUGCAUUGUAUGAUAGUCUCAUAAGUAUUUGGACAAGGGCAUUAGAAGAUUAUUUAGCACCCUUACAAGAACUUAUUCCUAAAAUGGUUGUGUCGCCAAAUGGAGAGUAUAUAGGUAAUACAAUGAAACUUGGAAACAAAAUUUUGAUUUAUUUAAGUGGGUGUUUACUUGGCAUUGCAUAUCCUAAUAGAGGUUAUAUUCCUCAACAUUUACAAGAUACAGUUAGGAAUAAUAUUGUACAAUUUUUGUGUUCUCAUCACAGUAUUAAAGCAAAUGAUGAUGAAGAUAUAUAUCCAUAUCUCAGAAUUUUGCUUAAGUUUAAUACAACCGAGUUCCUAAACGUCUUUUCAAUGGCAUUUUCUGAUAGUCGUUUUAUGAGUCAACAAAAACAACGUAUUUGUUGUAUUUUAACAUCACUUAUAAUGAACAGUAAAGAUUUAAAAUCCAAUCAGCUAGGCCUAGUUUACGCAUUUAUAGUACGUUGGCAGCAAGAAGAUGGUAAUUUUAUAAAACCUGAUAAACGUGUUUUUGAAACUAUCACAUCAAUGUUGAUAUCAACGGAACAAACAACACCUAUUGAAGAUAGAGAAAAAGCAUUUAUACAAUUAAUACGCUCUGGAGCAUUUGACAAUAGUCCUGAUUUGUUGAAAAUUGCAGAAGAAGCAAAAUUUUAUACAGUUUGCAGAGAAAUUUGUUCAGAACGUGGAGAAUUUAGUCAAUUAUUCAAAUAUUAUAUACUUGAUGACUCAAACAAAUAUCAAAUAUUUUCACUUAUCAGUUCUAAACCAGAAUAUUUUGAACAACUUUCUUAUGAUAAUCUGAAGGUUUUACUGGAAAUAGAUACAGUUCGAUGUGGAGUAAUAUUUGGAACAUUUUAUCCACACCUGGUAUAUGAUGUUUUUAAUCAAAUAAAAACAAAUUAUCAGAGAUUCCUUUUUUUAAAAGGUGCAAUACCAUAUGUAAAUUCUGAUGUGAAACUAUGCACUCGUUAUUUGGAACUGUUAUGUCAACACGAACCAAAUGCUGUGAUGGAUUUUGUAAAAAUGAAUGAUUCAUUACAUUUAACAGAAGCAAUGGCUGCAACAAAAACUGCAGGAUUAGACAAUGUCACAGCUAUAUUUCUGGAAAGAUUAGGAGAUUUUCAAGGAGCAUUUGAUUUACUGUUUAGUAAACUAAAAGAAGCCAUUUUGCAGGCAAAUGCUGUUGAAGAAUGCACUGAAGUUUUAGUGGCAUUAGCUCAAAGAGGAUCUGCUGUGCUUGAUCCUAAAACUACAUGGUUACCAAUCUUACAGUGUCUUCUAAGUCUUCAAUCCCAUGAUCAUUUACAAAAAGUUUUGAAUAAUAGUGAUCUUAAUUUAGCCACUGAAAUGCAUUUGCUUUUAAAUAGUACAACAAUAGUUAAGGGUACUGUUGGACAUUUCAGAAAUCUUAUAAUGGGUUUAAUUGAUAAAUGUCAGUAUGAACAAGAUGUAUUAAAGUCCUUUGAAACAUUGCUCCAUGGGGAUUUACACAGCAAGUUAGCUGAGGCAAUAAAUGUAGCCAAACAGGGAGUUAGUAAUCCUAUAAUAUGUUCAUCAUGUAAUCAAAAAAUUGUUAUGGAACCAAUGUUUGUUUUCAGAUGUGGUCAUGGAUUUCACUCUGAUUGUUUGGGUUUGAAUACAACUUGCACAUACUGCAUUUCAACUAAUAUACAAUUGUAA